AUGCCUAAAAGGAACAUAAACAAAAAAUUUAGGAGAGCGGCGGCAUCUUCAGUCGCCGUGUCUGAAAAGGCACGCGGGAUAGAAAUGGCACAAUGGAAAAAAAUGAACAUGUUUUAUACGUCAGUGAUUGUCUCAUUAAUUACCAUUUGUGUGGCACCGCUGAAUGCUGAACUGUCUUUCUCUGGUUUAUUUAAUGAUAAACAACAUUCAAAGUUAAAGAUGGAUGAAGCUCUUUUGACAGUCAUCAAUGAACUGGAAACCGAAGUGGAAGUGUAUUGGCUCUCCCAGCGGUGCUAUCAGUGUCUUUAUCAACAGCUCGGGGUUGUCCCUGCUGUGACAAGUCCAGGUCAGCCAAGCUCAAAGGAGUUCACUGUUGGCACUCAACAUGAAAUUACACUCCAAGCAAACAGCACCCCUGUUAUUAUGGAGAUUUGCACAGUUUCAUUCCACUUUGGGGAGCAAGGAAACUACUCUCUGUGGCUUAAAAAUAUAAGUACCUCCGUGGCCAACUGCUCUAUUGUGACUGAUGUAGACCCAGUAAAUAGUUACACACCCAUUCUGGUAGCAUUCCUAGUUUUUGCUGGACUGGGAUUAUUGUAUGCUCUGGGAAGAGCAAUAUUUGCACUCGAUUGGGUUAGGGGUGUCCUCUUCAGAAUUGGUGGAUCCAUGGAGACUGAGAGGCUGAUCAACUCUGAACUGGGAUCCCCUGGCAGGACAGUGAUGCCAGUGACUGACAACAUACUUCCGCCCCCACCCAGUCCCAGCAAGAGGUUACGAUCCCUAGACACAUUCAGAGGGAUCUGCUUAAUUAUUAUGGUAUUUGUGAAUUACGGAGGAGGACGAUAUUGGUUCUUCAGACAUGAGAGCUGGAACGGCCUAACUGUUGCUGAUUUGGUGUUUCCAUGGUUUGUUUUCAUAAUGGGAACAUCCAUUGCACUUUCAAUCAAUUCCAUGCUUCGCUCAGGCUCAAGCCGCACUUCACUUCUGAAAAAAGUGGUAUGGAGGGCCCUGCAACUUUUCAUCAUUGGAGUCAUCAUAAUCAAUCCCAACUACUGCCAGGGUUUUUUGUCAUGGGACAGCCUGCGGAUCCCUGGUGUGCUACAGCGCCUGGCCUGGUCAUACCUUGUCGUGGCCUGCCUGGAUCUUUUGGUGGCGAGGGGUCAUCUUGACAUCCUACCAUUGGAUGCAUGGUGGUCCUCUUGCAUUGAUGUAUUGCUCUACUGGCCUGCUUGGAUUUUUGUGCUCCUCCUAGAAAUCAUUUGGCUCUGUCUCACUUUCCUACUUCCUGUACCAGGCUGCCCAACAGGCUAUCUUGGUCCAGGUGGGAUUGGGGACAUGGGCUUGUAUGCAAAUUGUACUGGUGGAGCAGCUGGUCUUGUUGACCGCUGGCUGCUUGGAGAGAACCACAUCUACCAGACACCUUCGGCCAGGGUCAUUUAUGCCACUCAAAUGCCAUAUGAUCCGGAGGGUGUUCUUGGCAGCAUCAACUCCAUUGUUAUGGCUUUUCUUGGGUUACAGGCGGGAAAGAUAAUCUUACACUACAGAGACCUUCAUUCAAGUAUUAUAUCAAGGUUCCUAAUUUGGGGUCUCUUUUUGGGUGUCAUAUCAGCUGUUCUCACAAAGUGUUCCACAGACCAGGGAUUCAUUCCUGUCAAUAAGAACCUAUGGUCGCUGUCCUAUGUUACAACACUUGGCUGCUUUGCCUAUGUGCUGCUUGCUGUAGUCUACUACAUCAUAGAUGUCAAAAAGUGGUGGUCCGGAGCACCAUUCUUUUAUCCAGGCAUGAACUCCAUCCUUGUCUAUGUAGGCCAUGAGGUAUUUGAAGACUACUUCCCCUUCCACUGGCGCAUGGUCAAUACUCAAUCCCAUGCUGAGCACCUUACUCAGAACCUUGUGGCUGUUUCUUGUUGGGUCUUCAUCUCCUACAUCUUGUACCGGAAAAAAAUCUUCUGGAAAAUCUAA